AAACCAAAAACGUGAAACCGAUGGGCGAUGGGUAUAUUCGAAUAUUGUUGAUUAUUGAGGUUACAAUGUGAAUAUUACAACUUACUAUUAAUAUAGUAUAUCAUCAAAGUAUAGGUUCGUGAAAACUAUUUAGAGCUAUUCAACCAUUUCAACUUUUUUUGGUCACACAGUAGCCUACUGCACACAUUUAGGAUGAAUGUACCGGGAGCAAUUAGAAAAUUGGACGAAACAUUGGUUAAUCGAAUUGCUGCCGGAGAAGUUAUUCAAAGACCAGCAAAUGCAAUAAAAGAACUGCUAGAGAAUAGUUUGGAUGCAAAAUCAACGAAUAUACAAAUCACUGUGAAAAGUGGAGGCUUGAAGAUGCUGCAGAUCCAAGACGAUGGUUGCGGAAUUCGAAAAGAUGAUUUGGGCAUAGUAUGUGAGCGGUUCACAACUAGUAAGCUCACGCAAUUUGAAGAUUUAAGUUCAAUUUCAACAUUUGGUUUCCGGGGAGAAGCACUCGCCAGUAUCAGUCAUGUUGCUCAUCUCACAAUUACAACCAAGACUUCAAAUGAUCAAUGUGCUUACAAAGCAAUGUACGAAGACGGCAGACUCAAAGCACCCCCAAAGCCAUGUGCUGGCAAUCAGGGUACACAAAUAUUAGCAGAAGAUCUGUUUUAUAAUGUAUCCACCAGAAGAAAAGCUCUGAAGAAUCCCAGUGAAGAGCAUUCUAGGAUUGCUGAUGUUGUGAGCAGAUAUGCCAUUCACAACCCACAUGUGGGGUUCUCUCUAAAAAAACAUGGUGAAAAUUUGGCAGAGAUUCGAACAAAAGCGAAUUCAACUCAUGUUGAUAACAUUAAAUGCAUUUUUGGUAAUAGUGUUUCAAGAGAACUAUUAGAAGUGGAAUGCGUAGAGGAAGGGCUGAAAUUCAAACUGCAUGGUUUUAUAUCAAACGCAAACUACUCAACAAAGAAGCAGAUAUUUUUGCUGUUUAUCAAUCAUCGUCUUGUUGACUCAACAGGUUUGCGUAGAGCUCUGGACUCCGUUUACAGCUUAUAUCUGCCGAAAGGUGCCCAUCCAUUUCUAUAUUUAAGCUUGGAAUUGGAUCCGAGAAAUGUUGAUGUGAAUGUUCACCCAACGAAACAUGAAGUUCAUUUUCUCCACGAGGACUCAAUUAUAGAGAGAGUGAAGCAGGCCAUUGAGGCCAAAUUAUCGGGCGCCAACACUUCCAGAGUCUUCCAAACACAGGUAAAAGUUCCGGCAAUCAAUGAAAGUUUGAAGCCUGUAGAAAGAAGUGCAACCACCGCUCCAAGUCAUUUGGUUCGGACCGAUUCUGGCGCUCAAAAGUUGGACAAGUUUUUCAAUGUAGUUUCCUCUCCAUCUUCCAGCUGCUCUCCCUCGUCGCAACCAAAAUCUUCAUCGUCGUCUCAGACAAAUAAGAGGAAGAUUCGUUUGACUAGUGUUCUCACUCUGCGAAAGGCGAUUGAAGAUAGUGAACAUAAAGAGCUCCGAAGAAUUCUCGGCAAUAUGAUAUUUGUUGGUUGUGUGGACGCAACUCGAGCUCUCUUGCAGCAUGAGAAAUCGUUGUUCCUCUGCAAUACUAAGAAACUAGCUGAAGAAAUGUUUUACCAGAUAAUGCUGUACGAAUUUGGAAAUCUUGGCGAGAUUAGAUUCACGAAUCAGUUAGCAUUGGCUAAAUUGUGUAAAAUGGGGUUGGACUCACCUGCGGCUGGUUGGACUGAUGACGACGAGGCGGGCAAAAAAGAGGAUUACUCGAAGCAGGUCGAGCAAUUGCUUGUCUCGAAGGCUCCAAUGUUGAAAGAUUACUUUUCAAUCGAUAUUGAUCAGGAAGGGAAUUUGAAAACCAUUCCCUUACUUUUAGAUAAUUACACUCCUGACCUUGGUGGGUUGCCAUGGUACAUAGUACAACUUGCCUGUGAAGUGAACUGGGAUAAUGAAAAGGAAUGCUUUGAAUCAUUUUGCAGGGAAACAGCCAAGUUCUACAGUAAAAUUGCUACUAACAAUGUUACCUGAUUUUUACCAACAAGGACACCAGAUCACUCAAAAUUCAUGUUGAAGACCUUCGUCCAAGACUCUUGAAUCACUUAUUUUGAAUAAAUCCCUCCUGAGAAUUUUCUUCUAAGGAAGCUAGAGUCAUGAGAGUGAUUCAAACACUUUGGUGAAGUUUUAAUUUCAAUUAGAUAAACAUUUUAUUAAAUUGAAGAAAGUUGAAAAUUGAUGAUGCAUAUAAUACAGAGAUUUUUCCUUUCCAUGCUCACACUGCAUCUACAUUAUUAUUAUUCCUUUGAUGCUGAAGAGUGUCUGUUCAUCCUUUUAUGUGUUUGUAUUUUUAUCUCACAUUGCCUGAAUCAAUUCCUUCUACAAGUACUUCUAUUAAAUUUAACCACCGGAAAAUUACGUCAUCGUUUACGGUUAAUAUCCUUAUAUAUUUUCAAGAUUUAAUCCAUUACUUUAAUAAUUUUUCAGGAUAAUGAAGCAAAAGAAUAUGAUUGGAAAUGGACCAUUGAGCAUGUUCUAUAUUCUACAUUACGAUCAUGUUUUAUUCCUCCACGACGCUACGCUGAAGAUGGAACAAUCUUACAAAUAGCCAACUUGCCCGACCUGUAUAAAGUAUUUGAAAGAUGUUGAUAUCAUUGUUUAGUUUUAUAUUAAAUGUGUUUCCUA